CAUUUUUCAUCGCCAUAUUGUUGUUCAGUUGCAGUUUUGUAAUAUUCUGCUGGAUACGUAACAAGUAAAACCAUUAUAAUAAAAACACCAGGCACGCAAAAAUGUCGAUUUUGCGUUUUCGCUGUGUUCCAGCUACAGCGUUUAUAAACAGGGGAUUGUUUUUGGAGUCGACUGUAUUAGCGUGUCAAAGAACAGCAGGAUAUGGAUCUGGUGGUGGAGUGGACAAAGAUAAGCAACUAAAGAAAGCGAAAACACCCCAAGGACGCUUUGACAUGGACGAAACCGAGAAGAAAUCUAAAGACCUCCUUGAAAGAUUUACAGAUGAUGUGAAUCCGGAAACACAGGAGAAAGGUGGGCCCAGAGGCCCAGAACCCACAAGAUAUGGUGACUGGGAAAGGAAGGGACGUUGUAUUGAUUUUUAGGUCACUCUGUUAAAAUAAAUCCAGAGUUCUUCAUUAAAACGUUAACAUGAUCAUGAUGCAUCUUUGUUUUGUAUAGGCUAUACAAAAGACAAACUCAAGAACAGAAAUUAUACAUCACCCCAAUUUUAUGGGCCUAUUCUGUAUUGUGGUACUAUGCAAACAAUUUUGUUUAGUCUGCAUUGAAAAGUAUAAUUCAAACUUUAUUUUUACUAUUGGAAAUAAUAUAAUGUUGAAAAGUGCUUACAAAGCCUUUUUGGUUUUAUAUUUAUAAAUAAAUAAUUGUGUCAUUUCAA